AUGUCUCAAUUAUUUUAUUCAAAAAAUUUAUUAAAUAACAAUAAUAAUAUUAGUAAUAAUAUUAGUAAUAAUAAUACAAAUAAUAAUAAUAAUAAUAAUAAUAUCAGUCCAGUCGAUUUCUCAUCUAAUAAUGAUAGACCACAUUUACCAUCAAUAACAUAUAAUGAUAAUUUAAAUAAUAGUAAUAAUAAUAUAAAUAAUAAUAACAAUAAUAACAAUAAUAAUAGCCCUUCAAUAAAUGGAAUACCAUUUAAUAUUAGUUCACCAAAAAUAUCAUCAUCUUCAUCAACAUCUUCAUCAACUUCUCCAUUGCCAUCACCAUCAUCAUUUUUUAAAUAUAAAAAUUUUAAUCAAGAAGAGUCAACAAUUACUGUGCCUCCUCUUUUAGCACCACUACAAUUUACAAAUGAUAUUAAAAGAACAUUAUCACCACCAAAUUUUCCAUAUUAUAAUUCAUUUUCAUCACCAUGUCCAUCACCAAACCAUUUUUCAGUUUCACCAAGAAAUUACUCUUCACCAAGUUAUCCAAGCUCACCAUUAAGCUCUCCAAAAUUAAAUAACAACCUUUCAAAUUUAUGUCUUAACAACAACAAUAACAAUAACAACAAUAACAACAACAACAAUAAUAAUAAUAACAAUAAUUAUAAUAAUAAUAAAAAUAAUAGCAUUUAUAAUAAAAAUGAAUUUUUAAAUUUAAGUAGUGAAUCAUUAUUUUCAUCAUCCUCUUCUUCAAAUUCUUUACUAUCUUCCCCAUAUAUUAGAUCAGCUUCUUCAAAUUCUUCACCUCCAUUAUGUUCUUCACCCCCAUUAUGUUCUUCGCCACCAAGAUUAAAUUACACUGACUGCGAUAGUAGAGUUAAUUAUUUUAUUGAGGAAGAAUAUAUAAAUAUUAAUAAUUAUAAUAAUAAUAAUUAUAAUAAUAAUAAUUAUAAUAAUAAUAAUAACAAUAAUAAUAAUAACAAUAAUAAUAAUAACAAUAAUAAUAAUAAUAAUAAUAAUAAUAAUAAUAAUAAUAAUAAUAAUAAUAAUUUGUAUAAUAAUUUUUGUAAUAAUAAUAAUAAUUUAAAUAAUAAUAAUAAUAAUAAAAAUAAUAAUAAUUUUACUAAUAAUAUUAAUAAUAAUAAUAUUAUAAAUAAUAGCAAUGGUAACAAUCUAAAUAGUGGCUGUUCUUACUCUCGUAAAAAUUAUAAUAAACAAAAUAGAAGCAAUAAUAAAAAUAAAAAUAAUCAUAAUAAUAAUAAUAAUAAUAAUAAUAAUAAUAUUAAUAAUAAUAAUAAUAAAAGGGUUCAAAAAUCACCAACUUUAAUUAGUCAACAAUCAUUAAUUCCAUUGAUUUCCAAUGGAGAUGAUAGCUUCACAACUGCAACAGCAGAAGAAGCAGCAGAAGCUAGAACCAUGACAACAACUACAACAACAACAACAACACCAAUAUUAUUACCACAACCAAUUUCAUCUUCUUUGUCAUUGUUUCAAGAGAUUAAACCAAGAUACCAAUGUGAACAUACCAAUUGUUUUAAAACCUUUUCAUCGCCACAAUCAAGAUCAAAUCAUUACACUCUAAAACAUGAUAGUAAAUGUCAAGAUCCAACAACUUGUCCACAAUGUAUAAGAAAUCAAAAAAUUCAAAAUUCACCAAAAUCAAAAUGCAGACACUUUGGUUGUGGUAAAAUUUGUUCAUCAGCAAAUCUCGCCAAACAUGAGAAAACGUCGCAUCAUAAAACAAAUACCUUGGAGAAAUUCUCAUGUACAAAAUGUGAUGAUUUAUCAAAUAUCUCUUGUAAAAACUCCUUACCACCUUGCUCAACAAUUAUUGAAAAAAAAUAA